UGGAGAGUUUCACCAUUUUCAAAACAACAUGAUGAAAUUCAAAUUAAUUAGGUUGUGAACUUCAUCAUUUUUUUUUCUUAAAAGAAAAGUAACACCACAUGUUCGCCGUGCAAGUCACAUAUAGAAAAGGGAGCUCUUUGAUGCAGUAAUGGUGGAAUGGUAAUCCGUAGAUAACAGCGUCGACGAUGACUCCUUUCUUUUUCUAGAAAAGUGGAUGAAUAUUGCCUGCUGUGCUACAUUGUUCUCGAAUUACAGCUGGUAUUUGGCCCAGUCAUUGACUUCAGAGCGGGCCCAUUUCUUCAUUGUUGACUUUCUCAACUCAGAAUGCCCAUCUAUUCGCCGAUUCCGAAGUCAAAGGGAGUAGCAAAUUUCUAUUUUGCCCUUUUCACAACUAGCAAUGUCGCCCGUCUCGUAUAAACAGUUAGCCCUGUACUCCAUUUCUCUUCACCCUUUUCAAGCUUUGCACCACUUUUUUCUUAAACUUUGAUCAUGUCACCUGCUGUCGCAACCAACGGCUUCCCUAUCACCCGCAGGGAGGAAUUCCCCAGCGUUCUCCCCUCCGCCGGCUACAGUGAACUCCAAAGUUACCGAUUGAACCACAGCCCUCCCCUUCCAUCUAUCCUUAAAAACUCCUUCAAAGUCGUCGAUGGCCCCCCUACCUCUGCUGCUGCAAACCCAAAUGAGAUAGCGAACUUGUUUCCAAAUCUUUAUGGACAACCAUCGGUUUCGUUGGUUCCGGGUCAUUCUGAGGUGAAGGGUCAGAGUUUGAAGAUUGGAGUUGUCUUAUCUGGAGGCCAAGCUCCUGGUGGACACAAUGUGAUAGCUGGGAUUUUCGACUACUUGCAAGAACGCGCAAAAGGAAGUAUACUUUAUGGGUUUAAGGGCGGUCCAGCAGGCAUCAUGAAGUGCAAAUAUGCUAGGCUGACUACAGAGUUAAUUUAUCUUUACAGAAACCAGGGUGGCUUUCAUAUGAUUUGCAGUGGUAGAGACAAAAUUGAAACUCCAGAACAGUUUAAGCAAGCUGAAGAAACAGUGAAGAAGCUUGAUUUGGAUGGGCUUGUUGUCAUUGGUGGGGAUGACUCAAACACAAAUGCUUGCCUUCUUGCUGAGAACUUUAGGAGUAAAAAUAUGAAGACACAAGUUAUUGGAUGCCCAAAGACCAUUGAUGGCGAUUUGAAAUGCAAAGAGGUGCCUAUAAGUUUUGGAUUUGACACUGCAUGCAAGAUAUACUCAGAGACGAUUGGAAAUGUCAUGACAGAUGCUCGUUCAACUGGAAAAUACUACCACUUCAUAAGGCUCAUGGGCCGUGCAGCUUCUCACAUAACAUUGGAAUGUGCUUUGCAGACUCACCCAAACAUCGCGCUUAUUGGAGAAGAGGUUGCUGCCAAGAAGCUAACAAUGAAGAAUGUUACAAAUUAUAUUACAGAUAUAAUUUGCAAACGUAUGGAACUUGGCUUUAAUUAUGGUGUAAUACUUUUACCAGAAGGGCUUAUUGAUUUUAUUCCUGAGGUAAAACAACUUAUUGCUGAGCUAAAUGAAAUUUUAGCUCAUGGUAUAAUUGAUAAAGCUGGGAUGUGGAAAAGGAAACUUCGAAGCCAAUCUCAAGAGCUUUUUGAGUUCCUACCUCAAGCGAUUCAGGAGCAGUUGCUGCUUGAAAGAGAUCCACAUGGGAAUGUGCAGGUUGCCAAGAUAGAAACAGAAAAAAUGCUCAUCGAAAUGGUGGAAGCUGAAUUGGAUCAAAGGAAACAAAAUGGCGCAUACAAGGGAAAAUUUCAAGCGCAGCCCCACUUUUUUGGCUAUGAGGGUAGAUGUGGUUUUCCAACAAACUUUGAUGCAAACUACUGUUAUGCAUUGGGUUAUGCUACUGGAGCCCUCCUUCGUUCUGGAAAAACUGGAUUGAUUUCAUCGGUUGGUAAUUUGAUUGCUCCAGUAGAUGAAUGGACUGUUGGAGGAACAGCAUUAACAUCCUUAAUGGACGUUGAGCGGAGACAUGGGAAGUUCAAGCCCGUAAUUAAGAAGGCAAUGGUGGACCUUGAAGGUGCACCAUUCAUGAAAUUUGCAUCAUUGCGAGACGAUUGGACCCUUAAAAAUCGAUAUAUAAGCCCAGGUCCUAUUCAGUUCGUUGGCCCUUUUGCAAAUAAAAUCAACUACACUCUCACGUUGGAACUUGGGGCAUAGUUUCAUUUCUUUUAACAACGAGCAUGUCUCAACAUCCAAUAACCUUUUUUUUUUUCCAACAAAAAUAAUCAAGACAUUAAUGUAAAUAAAUUCACUUUGUUUGGCACUCUCCAUAGACAGAACGUUGAAUUUUUAAUGCUUGGAGUUUGGACAGGAAUCGAAUUGUUUCCUUUUGUAAAAAAGAUCAAUAAAGUUAAAAACAAUGGCUGUUCUUUGGUGGGAGAAAUGAUCAACGGCCUUAUUAGGUUCAUUGCUAGAAUUAGAGCCUCAAAAACAGUUGAUAACCCAGUUUUAACUUCAACCUGGCGAUUCUAUUGCUUACUGUCACCUUCUCCGUCUCCCUUUCCUCCCAACAACAAACUCUUUGUAGCAGGUCUCCUCUUUUCUCUCUUUCAUUCUCAUAAUCCUAUUUUGGCAACGUCUCUGAAGGUUAGUAGAGUCGUUUAGGUGUUCGACGAAUUGUCUGAAUGAUCUCAGUGUCAAAAACUAAAUUUUGUUAAUCAUAACGAAAUAAAAUUUUCCUAGUCUUCUGGGAGAAAACGAGAGUAAGACUUUGUUUUUUCAUGAAGAUAUAACUUGUAAAAUGAUUUUCUUUAUUUUCUUAUAUUCACAGCAUCACAGGCAUAUGAAUUCACACAGAAAAAGUCUUCUAUUUUUUUUUUUUUAUGACCAAUCAAAAUUCAAGCUCAAACAUACAUAAUUAAUACCCACUAACUUUGAUCAAUCACUCCAUUAUCAGCCAUGAGCAACUUUAAUGGCCAAGAAGUAUAAUUGGUGAUGUUCGCUAAAAUUACCAGUCUUUCGGUCCAUUUCAAAGGAUUAUAAGAUAUAUAACUUAUUUUCUAUUGCAUACCAAAUAUUUCCAUUGGAAAAUAUCAGAGAAAUGUGUGCUAAUAAAACGAAUAAAACCUGACCUUAAGCUCAUUUGAGGAAACAACAAUACCAUCUGAAGGUUGCCCCACCGAAUGACUUGGACAUGUUCAAACCUGAACUUGAAGCUUGCUCACAUUUUUUUUAAAUGGUAAUAAUUUUUGCAGUUAAAUCAUCCUUUAGCCUGUUCUACCUACCACUAUGAUUGCUCUCUGAUCCUGCUGAUGUUUCCUUUUCUAGUGAGGACAAUGUAUGACAAAGACACCGGUAGGUCAAUAGGCUUUGGGUUUGUUCACUUUUCUAAAGAAGAUGCAAAAGAGGCUAUGGAAGAAAAGUUAUGCAAAUUAUUUUGAUACUGUUGAACCUGAAGUCAUCUUCUCUAGGAGAUCAUUUAUGGGAUAUUGGAAACUACUUCCGCUGAUAUAUAUUUUAUUUGGCAGCAGGAUUGUUAGGUCGACUGCUAGGGAUUAGCUUUGCUCUUGAAAAGGUUCGUGGUGCUCCGGUUGUUGUCCCUCGCCUGCCUAACGCUUGAAUUUUCUCUAACGGGAAGGCUUGAACUUUGUAAGUACUUUCAAUCUUCUUAUCUUUAAGGAGGGUUAGAGCAGUGAUGCUGCAGUGGAGGGUGAUGAACUAAAUUGGGAUAAUAUGCCAAAAAUAAAAUGGCAUAAUCAAUAAGCUAUAGGAGUUGAAACAUAUGAUAAAAAAUA